AUGAGCGUCCAACUCCCCCCCGCCACACACCGCAAGCGCGCGCUGCCGCAAGGCGAGCUCGAAGCCGCAUCCACGCUGAAGCUGGGCGCCGACCAAAACACACAUACACUCUCACUCUCGGAAGCACGACUGGUUAUCCACAAGGUAUUGGAGAACAAGCGUCGCGGGGGCAAUAAAUACGAGGAGCCGGAAAAUUUGAACAAGACACUGUAUUACCUGGAUGUGUUUGCGCGGUUCAAGGAUGAGGAAAACAUCAAGGCUGUUGAGCGGCUCUUGAACUCGCAUACGGAACUGGAGAUGUUCGAGCGGUCGCAGUUAGGGAGUCUCUGCUGUGACAAUGCCGAGGAAGCCAAGUCUCUUAUUCCCAGUCUCCAGAAUAAGAUCACCGAUGGGGAUUUGCAAGAGUUGUUGGAUGAGUUGACCAAGCUGCGCAACUUCACUGAGUGA